AAGAAUUACUAGCCAAAUCUGCCGUGAGCAUUCUUCAUAAGCUGUGAGCUCAGCUCAUCGUCAUCCAUUCCUCCAUCGCGUGGCAAAACUACGAACCCCCUUCCACAAUGGACCACCCACCGGAAAUCGUUGCACUGCUGCAGAAAUAUCCCUCAUUGAGAGGGCCAAUAGAGACUGGUGUCGAAUCCCACGAUGGCCGCGAAGAGAGGCUCCUCGAGUUCAUCCUCUCUCAUCCCCAUCUAGAGGACAUGAGAAACAACCCCUCCAAGCUGCUCUCCGUCAUUGAUGAAUUCUCAGCCAAGCAUGACUUCCUCAUCAGCAUCGGCGGCCACAAGGCCAAGAUCAUGUCCGACUUGGUAGCGGAAGAAAAACCACAGACCCUCGUCGAGCUGGGUGGCUAUCUCGGAUACUCGGCCAUUCUGCUCGCAGACGCAAUGCGCCGCAACAGCAAGCCGGGCCAGCAGCCCCGCGUUUGGAGUCUGGAGAUGAGCAGCGAGUUUUCGGCCAUUGCCAGAGAGCUGAUUAUGCUUGCAGGGCUGUCCGACAUUGUCAAGGUCGUCACUGGCCCGGCGGAAGAGUCUCUCCGCAAGCUGCACAAAGAGGGCACCUUGACGAAUAUCGACUUUUUAUUUUUGGACCACGUCGAGGAUCUGUACCUCCCUGAUUUCAAGGUUUGUGAGGAACUGGGACUCUUGCAGCAGGGCGCGGUCAUUGCGGCCGACAAUGUGGUGAGGCCCGGCGCCCCUGGAUACCGCAAGUUCGUGAGGAGCCAUCCGAGACUACAGAGUAACGGAGUGGUGGGUUUGAUUCAGCCUGGAGACCUCGAGGAUGAAAUAGAAAUCAGCCGUGUUACGAGUUCGGCCUAAAACAUUUGCUGAUACGGUUCGGUUUGAGAGGUGCAAAAGGCAGACUUUUACUGCUAUUAAUCUUGGAUGUAACAUCUACCGUCGCUCUCAAUUGCUACCAUGAAAGACAAGUGCCGCAAUUUCUCAUUUCAUAUAUCCCACCCAACAUGGGACACACAUUCUCUAGGAGCAUAGUAUUUCCUGUUUCAUACAUGACAGCGAGAUACCACCUUAUUAUUAUCGAUAUGUGUUCCGCACCUC